UUAAAACUCCUGAGAGUCUGAUGACAGUGAAGGAGCCUCCCAUUUGUUUUCGGUUGUUUUUUUUUUUUUUUUUUUACAUAUCAAUCACUGUUGAAACUUGGAGGAGAGGAUCGGAGAGGGAUCUCUGAAGGAUCUCCGGAUGCCGUUUCUGACUCGGCCAGCACUGAGAACUUAUCUGACACCAAACAGGACAGAGAGGCUCAGAGGGAGCUGUCAGCCAGCUGUGAAGACCUGGCUGAGAAUAACAAGGAGAAAAACAUUUUCAGCAACAUGUUUAAGAAAACACAGAACCUAGCAGCAGAGGGCGCUAAAGCAGAGACAGAGGACAUGGACACUGAAAGACGAUUGUCCGCCAGCAGUGAGAACCUGACCGACCCGACCGGCCCAAAGGAGAAAAAAGGAGGCCUGGCUGGAAAAUUCAAAAGAUCUUCAAGCUUUGACAACCUGCUAGACGAGGACAAAAAUAUUUUCAGCGGCAUGUUUAAGAGAAGUGCGAAGCCUGCAGAGGAGGGGACAAAUGCGACCGGCGAAAACACAACGUUGUUUGGCAGCGCUGAAGAUCUGCAGGAGGCAAACCCAGCAAAAGAGAAAACAGGAGGACUUUCAGGGUUCUUUAAAAAGUCGCCCAAACCGUCUCCGCGCUCUGUUGCUGCUGAGGAUCCGCUGACGAAGCAGCUGUCGUCCAGCUGGGACAGCCUCACUGAGGCCGGGAACGACGACAGCGCCUCUCAACAAAAACUGUCAGCCAGUACCGAUGAUCUUUGUGACACCUCCAGUACCACCAGGGAGAAAAAAGCCAGGAUGUCCGGGAUUUUCAGACGAACGCCUAGAAAUACGGAGCAGCAGGAAGAUGAAGACGCGACGCCACCUGCUGGACGCGGACUGAGUCGCAAGAGAACCAUAAAGAAGAAACAAAGAGUUGUGUCUUUCCGAGUCAAGAAAACUCUUCCCAGAAUGUCCACCGAGAAAUCCAGUGAAAUGCCUGUGAUUGAGGAGAGCGUUGAGAUGGAGGAGCUGAACACUCCACAAGAGAGCACGGUGGUGGUGGAGCCGGUGGAGAUGGCAGCAUAUCCCACUGAAGAAAGCGUGACCCAGAUGGAGCAGGAGAACAAUGAGCUGAUGGAGUGGUGGAACUCGGCGGAAGGUUGGACCGAGUGGAACGAGACCUCAAAUUUCCAGGAGGAAGAUGAACAAAUUGCGAUGGAGCAGGCAGCCGAUCGAGUCUACAUGGCAGCCAAUGUUUUCGUUCACCUUUUCAACCAGCGGGGGGCGUCCUUGCAGCACCGCAUCCUGGAGCUGCUGGCGAUGGCCGACGCCGCAGACGAGUUCCACAAGAAGACGGUGUCGGCCGCAGUGGGAGGGGGCGUGGCCAGCGUGGCGGGCAGCGUGGCGACCAUCACCGGCCUCAUCCUGGCUCCGUUCACCUUCGGGGCGUCGAUCAUCGUCACGGCGGUGGGGAUCGGCGUGGCGACGGCCGGCAGCAUCACGUCGGCGACGGCCAACAUCACCGACACCGUCCACUCCAACAUGGACCGCAAGAAGGUGGAGAAGAUGAUCCAGGGCUACCAGGAGGAGAUCCAGGACAUCAGGACGUGCCUGGAGUUCGUUCAGGAGGGCAUGAACACCCUGGAGGAGUGGGAUUUUGAGAAAUAUUCGGAAAGUGCCACCAAAAAGGCUCUAAACCACAACAUUAAACACGUGAUGAAGGAGGGCGGCCGGGCGGGGAAAGCCCUGAUGAUCAACACCGAUAAGCUCAUCAGCACCGUUCAGGUUCUGGGCGCAGCCGGCGGCGCCGCCAAGGCCGUCAAGGCCGUCAGCGUCACCACUGGCGUCAUGUCCGCCCUCUUCCUCGCCCUGGACAUCUUCUUCCUCGCCAAAGACUCCCACACACUCCACAAGGGAGCCAAAACCAAGUUCGCCGCCAAGAUCCGGCAGGUGUGCAAAGACCUUCAGGAAGGCCUGCUGGAGCUGAACAAGGUGAAGACGCAGCUGCAGAAGACGAUGGACGGCAUCGAGGUGGAGGAGUACGAGGACGUCGAGGAGGUGGAGGUGGAGGUGGAGGACGAGUUCGAGUCCGACCCGAAGAAACUGGCAGAGCUGGAGCAGGAGAUAGACUUCCUGGAGGAGAAACUGGACAAAAAGGAGGAAGAGGUGGAGCCGAAGAAGAGCAAAGAGACGACGGCAUUGGAUAUCUUUAAAAUAAAGGAGAAAAAAGAGGAGAAGAGCAUGAAGGAAAAAGAUGUGGAAGAAAAAAGGGAGGAUGAGGAGCCAAAGAAGAGCAAAGAGUCUGUGUUGGACAUUUUUAAAAUAAAGAAAGAGAAAAAGGAAGAGAAGAGUGUGGAGAAAACUGGAGAAAUGGAGGAGAAAAAGGACGAUGAGGAGCCAAAGAAGAGCAAAGAAUCGGUGUUGGACAUUUUUAAAAUAAAGAAAAAGGAAGAGAAGAUCAUGAAGGAACAUGAAGUGGAGGAGAAGGAGGAAGAAGUGGAGCCGAAGAAGAGCAAAGAGGUGACGGCGUUGGACAUUUUUAAAAUAAAGAAAGAGAAAAAAGAGGAGAAGCGCAUGAAGGAAAAAGAUGUGGCAGAAAAAAUGGAGGAUGAGGAGCCAAAGAAGAGCAAAGAGUCGGUGUUGGACAUUUUUAAAAUAAAGAAAGAGAAAAAGGAAGAGAAGAGUAUGAAGGAACAAGAAGUGGAGGAAAAAGACAAAGGUGAGAAAAUGCCUGAAUCCAAAUCUGAGAAGAAGGUAAAUGAAACGAGUGUGAAAGCAGAAAAAGACGUUUUAAAAGAACAAUUUGAGAAAGGAAGCAAGAAAGAGAAAGAAACUGGGAACCAAACGUCGCCUGGAAAGAAACCAGAGAAAAAGCCUGAAAAGUCAAAAGAACCGAACAAACCCCAGAAAUCAAAACAAAGCCUGAAAAUGAGCGGAAAGAAAGAGGAGGAAAAAUCCCAGAGGAAAACUGAGACGUCGAGGAGACACAGCAGCUGGAGCGAGAAAGACGGAGAAAAACACGAAACACGAGAAAGGAGGGAGGAGAGGGAAAGUCACCCCAGAGACAGAGAGAGCUGGAGGAGGAGCGGAGAGGAGGAGACAGGAAGAAAAGACUCGCAUCGAAGCCACAGAGACGAAGAGUCUCCGAGGGAGAGGAAGACGAGCCAUCAUGUUAGGGAGAUCGAAGAGCGGAGCGGCAGAGUGGAGAGCGUCCGGAGGCGCUUCGAGAGAGCCGCAGGAAACCAGCAACAAGAGGAGGAGAAGGAGAGAAGGAGAGGAAGUGGCAGGGAGUACGGGCACAGCCGGAAAGGAUCAAGGUCCAAAUACGACGCCCUGAGGCACGACGGCCUGAACAUCUAAACCAGAGUUUAGAAGAAAUGAUCACACUAAACCAAACUAACGUGGUUAAAUCACAGAAAAGAGGAAAAACAGGAUUUUCUGCAAGAUUUUCUCUAAGAUGGAGAGAAGCUUCUGCAGAUGUUCAAGGUCCAACAUGGAGAACCGUCAGGCGCUAAGACCCGCCUCUUGGCUCUGAUUGGUUGUUUGAGAAGGCAGAGGAGAUUUGAUUUUUUCCAGAUUAUCUGCUUCAUUUUUUACUGUUUGGUGUCUCGACAUGGUGACAGUUUCAACAAAUAUGUAAUAAAUAUUUUUUUAUAAAAGUUACGUACUGCAGCUUUAAGGGCAGUGGGUUUUUUAACUGACUUAAACAUUAUGUGUUUACACUGAGAGAAAAUUUACAAAUAAUGGAACUUCUACAAAAUGUAGAAAUACUGACGCUUUUUAAUACUCUCUUUAAAUUUUAAAGUUGUUUUAGUUCCUCAGAUAAACAGUUUGUAAGUAAAAAUCAUCACUUUCAUAAUAUAACAACAGUUUAAUUUCAGUUUUAAGAAACAGCACCGGUGAGGUUAUAUUAUGAAUCUUCAUAAAUAAAAAAAAGACAAAUAAAAACCAAAAGCAUUUUUAAUAACAGCUAUAAGGUCUUUUUUUUUACAAUAAUAAAGUCGUGAUCUGACACAACUAUGUUUGUUGAGUUUUGAGCUUUUUUAUACUUUUCUCUGGAAAUAUUGUUUUCAAAACUUUCAACGUUUGAGUGGGAAACAUGGAGCCUGUUGCUGUUUUAUAUCGCUGCUGCUUUUGGGGUAAAACUGCAAAUAUUUAAGUGCUUAUUUGUAAACAAAAUGCUGCUGAUAGUUUCAUCUACUAGUUUUUUAAAAUAUUAUUUUCACUGUCAGCUGUUUUAUAUUCGGAUGCUAUAAAAACCGACCUGGCGCUUCAACAGGUUGAAAUUUGUGACUGUUACAAACUUUCUUCCACUCAGCGCACUUUAACCAGACAUCGAGAUUUCUGCUUUUUUAAAAUGUUUUAUUCUAUGUUUAUAUAUGCAUAUAUAUAAACUUGGUUUUCUAUGAUGCUGGUUAUUUACUGAACAAAUAAAAUAUAUAUUUU